AUGAAGAUUCUCACAAAGGAAGAAGAGCAGGAGCACUACAACGCUACCGUCUAUGGAGGUACCAUUGGUGGUCUGCUCGGUCUGGGAGCCGGUGCUGUCGGUGUCCUGGGAGCCAGCAGAAGAUACCCUGCUUUCCGUGGCUUGUCCCUGCCAUUCCGCGCCUUCCUGAUCACCUCCGCUGGUACUUUCGCCGCCAUUAUUAGUGCCGAUCGCUACUCGCGCAGUUAUGAGGCUUCUCGCCAUCCUGAGAAGGAAUACACCGACAACCAGCAGACCCUGCAAGAACAGCUCGAAUCCCAAAAGCCUUUCUCCCAGCGUGCAAUGGACUGGGGUAACCAGAACCGUUACAGCAUCGUUUUCGGUUCAUGGGUUGCCUCAAUCACUGCUGCUUUCGGCAUUGUCGGCCGCAACCCCUACCUUACUGGUCAACAGAAGCUUGUCCAGGCUCGUGUCUACGCUCAGGGUUUGACUCUUGCUGUCGUUAUUGCCAGUUUGGCUCUCGAGGCCAAGGACAAGAACCAGGGUCAAGGUCGCUGGGAGACCGUCAAGGUUCUGGAUCCCAAUGACCCUACCCACAAGCACGUCAUUGAGAAGAAGAUCCACCACGAGCGUUACUCUGGUGAAGACCAAUGGAUGGACAUGGUCGCUGCCGAGGAGGAGCGCAUUAAGGAGCGCGAAGCCGCCGUCAAGCAAAGAGAGUCCGCCGACGAGAAGAAGGGCAAGCACGUCAAGAAGCACGAGGACCUCGAGCAUGGCGAGAACAAGUCCAACGUCAGGGCACCUUAA